GACAAUGCGAAGAAGUACAUUGAAGCGGGAAACACGGCGCACGCGCAGGCUCUUGGGCCAAAGGGCUCGGCUUGUCACAAGGCAGCUGUCAUCGGAGACACGGUUGGAGACCCUCUCAAGGACACAUCUGGGCCGUCGCUGAACAUUUUGAUAAAGCUGAUGGCUGUCGAGUCGCUUGUUUUUGCGCCGUUCUUCAAGAAGCAUGGAGGGGUCAUCUUUGGAAGAAAGAGUUGAGUUCUUCUGGUCUUGUCGUGCUCUCACAUAUGAGAUCAUUUGCUCGUCUGGGUAAAUUAUGCCCACUGGGUGGGUGGGUGGGGGCCUCAUUAGAUGCAAUUUUGCGUGGAAGAAUAUAUGUAUGUUGCGAGGUCUAGAUGGGUUACGUACGGUGAAUGAGGAGGUCUUGCCCAAUGUGAGGGCACAAAAUCAGAUGACAGCAGUUCAUCGAGUGAUGCUAGUGUUAAACAUCGAGAGUUGCAGUGUACAAAAGAUGGGUUUGGUUGUUUUUUUUUGUUUUUUUUUUCCUUUCUUUUUCUUUUUCCUUUGAGGGGGACGGGAGGAAAAUUAUGUCGUCCAAUCGUCAUUUUCAUUAGAGCACGGGCGUCAUUUUCGACAAUGUCGAUGCUUAGAGUGGUGAUGGGUGUCCCUUGUCUAGAUGUAGAUGGUUUUGUUCGUGUAGAAUAUGGCAACCUGUUUUGUCAGGGUUGUUGUCUCUCUAUAAAAGCUCUGCUUUGCCCUUGCUGCUUUGCCCUCGCUGCUUUGCCCUCGCUGCUUUGCCCUCGCUGCUUUGCCGUC